AUACUUUUAACAUCGACGAAUUGGGGUCGCGAGCAUCGAGAAAAAGAAGAAUGUGAAAUGAGAUUAACAGAAAUUGUUUAAUUUUUUUUAUUCUUUCCCGGAAAAAUUAAAAAUAUCUGCGUAUAAAUUAAGUUAAACUUUGCGGCUUACUUCCGUUGCCUAGCGACAGGCGAACCGGCGAAUGACGAGGCAGAUGUUUGCGUCAUUCGUCAGACACGCCGCCGAAGCGAGAGCGACCGGCCGUGCAUCCGAGCGUUGGACUGUUUGCUCACCCGUGUGACUGUUUUUCUAUUUUGGGAUUUAGCCUGGUUUCAUGGGCACCCGGCGAAUUCUUGCGUUCGUUCGGAACUUCGACAUGGCGAAAUUGCACUAUUGGACAACGGCAAGAUGUCCUCCUGUAGUGGCUCGUACGGCAGUUACUGUUGUGUACAGUGGUGCCAAAACAAUGGAAGAACGAGAAAGAAGCCCGGCACCAGUUUUUUUCGUAUCCCACAGGACAGCAGGUCGACGGCAUGGGUGGCAUAUUCCCGCAGAGCCGACGUUAUGGAAAAGCCGGCAGGUGUAUUGUACAGUUCAUACAGGAUAUGCAGCGACCAUUUCACUGCAAAAGAUUUCCUGGACCCAGGUCGCACGCGACUCAUUAGAACAGCUGUACCUACAGGUUCCUCAGCUUUUGCAGAUGCUGCUGAUGUGCCAUCUGUUGGAGGUUUCGCUGUUGCAUCACAUCAAAACACCGUCCCAGAGGACCAUCUGGAAAAGUCUAUAGGCAUCAGCACUAUGUUUGAUGACCCUGCUUUGCAAGGCUGCAGCCGUCCUGCAAGUGAGGAACAAGCUGGUGAGGACGUCCUACAUAAGACAUGCGAGCAAGGCUCCCUCAUGACGGCAAGCCAUGCUGCUAAAGCAAGCCUACAACAGAUGUCUGGCUGCAACACCCCUGUGAGCGAGCUAGGUGCAACGGCCUCCCAGGUGGAUAUGUUUGGCAGCAGUUCUACCGAGGAUGAGCGUUGUGCUGUUGAUGAUGCCAUUUCCGAGGUGUCCCCAAGCGCCAACAUUUUCGAUUCAGCUGAAAGACCAGUAGGAAACUAUCCCGCUGCCAUUUCAGGUCUGUCGUAGGAGUGGCACGCCCCAGAAAGCUCGCCUUCGUGCAUAGCGUUUGCCACCAGCAUUUCCAGGGAAACAUUACAGAAGCAUAAGCUGCAGCUGCCCGGAAGCGUGAGAAGCAGCCACGGCUCUUUUAAUGCUAUCGUGUUCCACUCUUAAAGGCGCAGCUUAAGUGUCCUCCAACCUUUUUUUUUUUUCGCUGUUUGGGGACUGCCUUCUUGAAGGUGUUGCAUCGUUUCCUUUCUACUGUAGGGCGAAUGCAAUAUCUGCUUUGAACAACAGCAAAGCUGCGUUUUGAUUGCACUUGAUGCUGGCCGCACUAGCGCGGCAUCUCUUCUGAACACUAUCCAGCAGUUCACUAUGAUGUUAUCACUGAAAUAGAAUACACAGGACACCUUCGUGUACCACUUCAUCUACCUCGAAGUAAUAUGCCAUAGCUCUAUGAUCAUAUCCUUAACAUCCACUACUUUCUUGGAUUCAUUUCAGAUAGCUGGAAUGUACAGACUAAAAAAGCUCGGAAGCGCUUGCACUCUUUGGAGAAUUUUGUAUGAGCAUUUUCAGGCUGUUCUGGUGACACUAAAAAAUACUGGCUCUCCUGUAAUCGAGAGUAGAUGUAAGCAUGAAAUGGCUGCCGACAAAGCAGAUUGAUUGUAGAUGAUACCAGCCACAAUCUUAAAAUGGGUGUAGCGCACAUUCGCAACGGCACACCCCACCCCACUGCAUCACGCAACUGUACACUGGUCCAUAUGGAAGCAAGUUUCCUGUCAAAGACAGAACCCCAUUGCAAGUCUCGUCUCGGUCCACCAUAUGUGCCGUGGACCUCGCAGACUGCUGGCAUUGAAAAGAGCACAAGCAACUGUGUCUCAGUGCCAAAAAAUGACAAUCAAGUGUACAGUGCCUUGUAUCUGCCUCUGAACGUCGCUAUUAGAAGUGACAAAUAAAACUUCAGCGUACUAGAAGUUACAGCUUGAGUGAUAUUGUGAGCAAAUAUUUAGAACUCGGAAGCAAUAUUUUUUGUAACAUGUUUGGGAAGUAACUAGCAUAUUUAUUGCAGUCUUGACUGUUUGCCCGGAUGAGCUGGUUUGAGUGCCAGAAUAAUGGCUCUGGCUUUUGGUUCAUUGAAGGUGGCUGACAACAGGAGCUAAAAGCAUUUCAUGCUUAAAAUGUCUGCAGCAGCGGCACUGUUCAGUUAAUCAAGGACCUCAUUUCAUGGCCCUCAUUCUGACACCUUCGAACACUGUUUCUGCCUUUGUAACGCUUCCUAGAAUUUAUCCUUCAAAUUCUUAUGUGAAAGAACCAUGCAUCAAUUUUGGCGUAUUUCUCAAACUGUACGAGCAGAAUUGCUGCUGAUUUCAUAAAUACAACCUGUAAAUCGAUACAGCAGAAUUGUUAGUUGAAAUAUGUAAUCCAAAUCAAGGAGCCAUUCUCAAGACGAUGUUCCUGCUGGCACUGAUACGUGUCAUUCCUGGCAUUGGUGAAAUCUUUAUUCUACGUUAUAAAGCAUGAAACAUUCACACAUGCUCUUCUUUCCUUCUUUUUUGAGCUUUGCUGUUUCAAGGAGCUUUGCCCUUUGAGUGGCAGCAGCCUGAUUGACAUAACUUCUGACUCACGUAUUUAACAUUUUUGCACAGAUUGGUCAAGGAGUAGCCAGAUUUUGAGAAGUACAUGUUUAGCAGAGUCUAUAGGUGCUGGCUUUUGGUGUGGAGAGACAAGCAGCUUCAUAGCUUCCCUCCUGUCUCUUGUCAUUGUGUCAGCAAACUGAAAUGAAAACUCUCGAAACAGUAUAUUUGUUAAUGAGGAAUCUUUGCAAGGUACAUUGUGAAGCACAUGCCGAUGAAUUGCUUCAACCUUUUACAUUAAACAAAUUAUGCCAUGUGCUGUCGAGAGGCAAAUAAAGCUGUUCGCUUUAAAAAUUAACAAUAAUCACCACAGUUUGUGAAGUGAUUGAGAUAUUGUUACCCAGUACCUUCAACAAAGAUGUUAUGGGAAACAGUGCAAGGAACUAGCAUACUUACACUAAUUGCAGGUAUUUGGCGGAGUUGUAUGGGAGACAAGAUAGCCAACCAAUUUUCCUUAAUGCAUGUGAGCUUUGUCAUCUUCAUGGUGUAAUGUAAUCUUUUCAGGUAGCGGAUAAAGAAUCUUUGGCAACAUGAAAUGGCCUUUGACGACACAGGCGAGUAGUGGAUGCCACACUUCAGUUCUAAUUAAAGUUACAUCAGCACAGAGCAUGUAUGCUGCUACGACCAAGUUGGGUCCAUACUUUGGAUUACCAUGUACAGUGUCACUCUCUUCUGCAUUCCAGAAGGUGGAAGCCAGUGUUUCUUUGCUGUUGCCAUUUCAAUUUAGUAUAUUUUCAUGUUUUCAUGCUCUGCAAAUUACAGCAAGAGGUUGCACGGUCUUGAAAUGAAGACUACUUUUUGUGUUUUCAAGAUAAAA